AUGGCCCUGACAACUGCGUCCUUUUCGAAUAUUAUAGAUGGCCAAAAAUGUGACAAUGGUGUCAUCCAUCAGAGCCAGGACCCAAGAUCCAAAACCCUACUUUGGCCAGUUUGCUCUGCAACCACCCAGGAUCUGGAUAAGGCGGUCGAGACCGCCCAGGCAGCAUUCCUGAGUUGGUCAGCGACACCGUGGGAGUGUCGACAGGAUGUCCUGCGUGCAUUGGCCGCGGCAUUGCGAGAAGACAAGCACUAUUUUUCAGUGGUGGUCUCGAAAGAGACGGGGAAAACGGUAUUGGCGUGUCCGAUGAAAGCCUCUCAGACAAUUCCGGACAGUGUGGUCCACGAGGAACAGGGAAUAAAGAUCAUCGCCACAUACAAGCCGUUAGGAAUUGUCGGUGCGAUAUAUCCCUGGAACCUCCCACUUAUUCUUGCAGUGGCAAAGAUCGCCGCGUCGCUAGUGACCCGAAACUGCAUCAUUGUGAAGCCAUCUCCAUUUACCCCAUACAGUAUCCUGAAAUUCGCCGAACUUGCAAUCUCUAUUGUGCCCAAGGGUGUCCUGCAGGCAUUACACGGUGGUGCUGACCUGUGGCCGCUCAUGACCACGCAUCCAGAAAUCCAGAAACUUAGCUUCACAGGAUCGACCGCGGCGGGUAAGAAGGUCAUGGCAGCGGGAAGUCAGACUCUGAAGCAAAUCACUCUAGAGCUUGGAGGCAACGAUGCCGCGAUUGUGUGCUCCGAUGCCAAUAUUGAUGCCGUUGCUCCACAGGUAGCUGCGGGCUGCUUGUCUAAUACGGGCCAAAUGUGCGUCGCGACCAAACGAGUGUAUUUCCAUGACCGUUUGAUAGAGGAAGUCAACCUUCUGGCGGGUAGUACUGAUCGAGAGAUGCCGAGUGUAUACGGACCGAUGCAAAACAACAUGCAAUAUUCUAUCGUACAGGAUAUAAUCGAAUAUUGUAGGAUCCGCGGCUUCAACUUCUCCCUAGGUGGAAAGCCUCUCGCCCGCCAAGAUAGCUUGUUCAUCCCACCCGCCAUUAUAGAAAAUCCGUCAGAUGAUUCUCGAAUUGUACAGGAGGAGCAGUUUGGCCCCAUCAUACCGCUUCUAUUGUGGGAAAGCGAGGACGAAGUGAUUCGCCGAGUAAAUAGUAUCGACUCUGGGCUUGGAGCUAGCGUUUUUUCCAGUUAUUUAUCUCGUGCGGAUGGAAUUGGCCGGCAACUUGAGGUCGGGAGUGUGUGGCUCAAUAGUUUCAGCAUGCCUCAUCCAGCUGGGUAUUUCUCUGGUCACAAGCAGAGUGGUGUCGGAGGAGAAUGGGGAAAGCAGGGACUAUUCGCCUACUGCGCAGCCCAGACAAUUCAUGUGUGA